AUGUCGCCUGACAGGGCGAAGUACUGCUUCUCGACGGAUAUUGUCUAUGGUAUCUUCAUGUACCAGGCCGCCACGCUCUUUGCUUGUGACAUCAUCAUAUUCCUUCUUCCGUUUCCUGCGUUGGUGAAACUCAACAUGGGUCCCGCCAAGAAGACGGCACUGCUGCUGGUCUUCGGCAGCGGUUUAGUGGCCUGCAUUGCGCCCGCCAUCAGGUUCGAAAGCAUACAGUUCUACAAAUCCGGAUCCUCAGACACAACUUACGUGGGUGCGGAAUCCUUGUACUGGAUGGCCAUCGAAUAUAACCUUGGUCUGGUUGCGGGGUCAUUGACGGGGCUGCGGCCUCUGGUUUCAAGAGUAGUCAGUGCGCUUGGGUCAAGCAAGGGCAUUUCAGCCUACAGGAACAACCAGUUCUCGCCAUCUUAUCCACUCGAAAAUUGCGAUAACAAACACUGGAUCUCCAGCCAGCGAACCGGGACCAGAAACAAUAGGUUCCAAGGAGACAGUAUCCUCGAACCAACAGUCAUGGGCGAUCGCAAUUCUGAUGACAGUGGCCGCCAUCAUAUAUUAAAGACCCAGUCUGUUAGCAUUGUCACAGAGGAAUCGGGGGGUUUAUCUUCGGUCGGAAACUCACAUCAGCCAUGGCAAGCCUUUGAUCCGAAGAAGUAG